CGGCAUACUUCUCACGCUGCUGGUGCUCCGCUUUCAGUCACUCCGCUGGCCGUCCCACCUCGCCGUUGGUUCGCGUUCAAUCUCAGUUACUCCGCCGUUCUCGCAGCCUCAUCUGGCGCCGUUGUCACUCACCGUUCUAGCGUUGGCGCUUGAAGACCCUCAGCGUCAGCGUCUCGCCAUCGCGUUCGAAGACCACUCACUCACUCUCGUCUCUCUGCAUUUCAUUUUUCCCUUUAGCUCCUAAUUUGGAUACAGGGAUUUAAACUGCCAAGAUGGCUGCAAGUUUUGCAUCUAAAUGCUCUCGUGUGGGACAUUCUCUGCUUGGUGGGCUCGGCAAUAGUUUAUCUGGUUUAGUCACAACAUCACAAGAGAUCGUAAGCAGCAAAUUCUUGUCUCAGCAGCAGCAACAGUUGCGCUCUUUCAUACAGAUGAGGACUGUUCUCAAGGUUGUGGAUAAUUCUGGGGCUAAGAAGGUUAUGUGCAUACAACCUCUAAAAGGGAAAGGUGCAAGAUUGGGUGACACCAUAAUUGCAUCAGUAAAGGAAGCCCAUCCUAAUGGAAAAGUUAAGAAAGGAAAAGUUGUGUAUGGCGUCGUCGUCCGCGCAGCAAUGCAAAGGGGGCGAUGUGAUGGCAGUGAGGUCAAGUUUGAUGAUAAUGCUGUGGUGCUUGUUGACAAGCAAGGGCAGCCGAUUGGGACAAGAGUUUUUGGACCAGUCCCACAUGAGCUGAGGAUGAAGAAACAUGUCAAAAUACUCACUUUAGCGGGGCACAUUGCUUAAGAUAUUAAGCAUAAUGACUCAAGGUGACCAAUUUGCUGGUAAUUUGUGUGGAGGGUUUAUGCUGAGUCCAAGAUAUGAUAGAAUAGGCAUAUGUUUUGGGCUGCACAGUAUGUGAUCUGUGUUUAUGAUCCUCAGGGUUUUGAGUGACUUUUAAACUUCUUAUUGAGGAAUAAAAAUAGCAAUGGAGAUUGGAAAGAG